GUGAAAGUCUCUUUUAAAUCCAUGUUUCAAUUUUGAAGUAAAUUAGAGUAAAGUAUGUUGUCUAAGCUUCAUCUAGAGGUAGUGUAAAAAAACGCUAAGUAUUAGUAGUUGUUAGGCGGUGAUUGUCGAAUAGUUUCGAGGAACUGGAGCUGAAUCAACAUCAUCAGCUGUGUGUGUUUUUUGUUCUCUAUUCCAAUAUAGAUGUGUGCGAGUUAAAGCAGCAGGAUUUACUGUGUCAUGUGUCAGUGUGCUAACUGUGAAUGGAUUAGAUCGAAAUGAAUCAGUGCACUUAACAACACACAACCAGUUGACACUCAAUCAGAGCGCUCAUCUCGCUCAUCUCCAUUCCGAUAAUAUCCAUCCUCCUCCAGUCGUCGUCCCAAUUAAACGAGAGAACAUCUGGAAUAGAGCAAAGAGGGCUGUUUUUUAAAAGAGAAGUGACGAUGUCGUCGACGCUAUGGAAAGUGCUGACGAGGAGGAAGUUCCUGGACCAGGCCAGGGUGGAGCAGUCGAGCCUCGCCAGAGUUUUGAACACGUUCGAUCUGACCGCCCUGGGUGUCGGCAGCACCCUCGGCGUGGGCAUGUACGUUCUGGUUGGAAAGGUCGCCAAGGAGACGGCAGGACCUGCGGUGAUACUCUCGUUCCUGAUCGCAGCAAUCGCCUCAGCGUUUGCAGGUGUCUGCUACGCCGAAUUCGGUGCCAGAACGCCGAGGGCUGGAAGCGCCUACAUCUACAGUUACGUGUGCGUCGGCGAGUUCGUGGCGUUCGUCAUCGGCUGGAACCUGAUCCUGGAAUACAUAAUCGGUUCGGCGAGCGUUGCCAGGGGGAUGAGUCUGUACAUAGAUUCUCUCGUCAACAACACGAUCAAGGACGCUUUCACGGAAAUCGCCCCGAUAAACGUCAGUUUCCUCUCGCCGUACUUCGAUUUCCUCGCCUUCUCGAUCGCGCUGAUACUCUCAAUCGGUCUCGCCUUCGGCAUGAAGGAGAGCAGCAAAGCGAACAACUGCUUCACCGUUCUGAACGUUCUCGUCGUUCUGUUCGUGAUCAUCGCCGGAUCUUUUAAAGCUGAUCCCAAGAACUGGAGUCUCCCGCCAAACAACUCGACGGAUCCCGAGGACGCCGGUGGAUUCUUUCCUUUCGGUGUGAGCGGAAUGAUCAAGGGUGCCGCGACCUGUUUCUAUGGUUUCGUGGGCUUCGAUUGCAUUGCCACCACCGGGGAGGAAGUGAAAAAUCCCCAGAAAGCCAUACCCUUCGCCAUCAUCACCUCUCUGGCAAUCGUCUUCAUCGCGUACUUUGCUACAUCGACGGUCAUCACCCUAAUGGUUCCCUAUUACCUUCAGGAUGUAAACUCUCCUAUUCCGUGCGCGUUCGCCGAGUUCGGAUGGGAUGCGGCGAAAUGGAUUGUGACGAUCGGUGGAAUCUUUGCGCUUUUGGCCAGUUUGUUUGGUGCCAUGUUUCCGUUGCCAAGGAUAAUUUACGCCAUGGCAUCGGAUGGCUUGAUCUUUAAAUUUCUGGGCAAAGUCAGCGAGAGAUUCUCCACACCGGUGACAGGGACUCUCCUCGCCGGUCUCUUAACAGGAACCAUGGCUGCUUUAUUUGAACAGGGACAGCUUGUAGACAUGAUGUCGAUCGGGACACUGCUAGCGUACACUAUCGUCGCAGCCUGUGUGCUGCUCCUCCGAUAUUCUGUAGACGAGGCCAAUUAUACGCUGGUUCGAGCUGACUCGGACUCCUCCGUGACUUCAUACACGGAGGAUAUUAGCGAUCCCAAUCUUCCAGUAACUUUCGCGAGUAUCGCCAAGCAGAUGUUCAAUUGCACUGGGCGAAGGGAUCAGCCGACCAAAGUCUCCGAGAAACUCGUCUCUAUAUUGGUCGUUUUCUUCUGUGUAUUGUGCGUGCUGCUGGGACUGUGCUUCAUGUACUUGUUGGAAGAAAUCUCGCACGGUGUGGCGUACGCUAUAGUUCUUCCGGCUGUGAUUGGUUGCUUGAUGAUCAUCACGUUGAUGAUGAUCGGGUCUCAACCGACGUCGAAGAGGACGUUAACUUUUAAGGUGCCUCUGGUGCCGGUGAUACCAGCUAUUAGUAUAUUGGUGAACGUUUAUUUGAUGUUAUCCUUGGACUCGAGCACUUGGAUCCGGUUCGGCGUUUGGAUGGGAAUCGGCUUGCCUCUUUACCUCUAUUCAGCACUCUCUUACGAAAAGGCCAAUCCUAACACAAAGCCGCCGAAAGCUUACUAUUUUAACUUUGCCUACGUGCAUGAGGGUAGUAACUGCGAUCUGAAGACUCACAAUAAUAACAUCAUCAACAACAACAACAAUAACAACAACAACAAUGACGGCGACGAAGAGGUGAAGAAGUCGAAGAAGAAAAGCAAUGGGUUGGAGGGAGGAGGCUUGGCGAAUGGAGGAGGGAACACGAUCAAUCAGGUGAUGGCCAAUCUGGAUAAGAUCCUCGAGGAUCAGGAGGAGGCGUCCGGCUGGCGAGACGAGGCAUCGCAGAAGAGCGUUGUAGCACUGGUCCACAGAGAAGAUGAGGUUGAAAUUCCCGCAGUCGAAUUAUCAGUUUCCUCCCGUAUGGAGGAGGUGAAUUUGGAUCAUAGCGGCGUGGCAGAAGUCGUGGACGAGUUGAGGCGGAUCGUCCAGAUGGAGGAGGAGAAGAUGAUUUCGGAGGCGGCCAAUGAUACGGUCAUAGAGGUAAUAGAAGAUCCCUUCGAUUCGGACGUCGAUCAGCAGCUGGAGGUGGUCGAGUUCAAGAACGUGGGGAUCGGAAGCGAAAGCAAUACGCAUGAUAUUACUGUUAAUUAUACGGACAACGAAAGAACGACGCCUCCACCGCCACCGCCGAUGGCGGAUUUCGAGAAAUUCAUCUUGAGUAGUGGUGAUAAUAGUAUGGUGGAAGUUGUUGUUGGAGGAGCAGCAGCAUCACCUCCGCCUCCUCCGCCGCCGAUCACGGGGAUGGCGAAAUUCAUGAUACCCAGAGUGAAUUCGAACGCGAGGAAGAAGCUGAAACCGGUCAUUCCAUCGCCCGAUUACAAGAGCACAUUGAGGAAGAAACCGUUCGACGACGUGGAGGACGUCGACGGAAUCAUAGAGUUCGGCAGCAAGCAGCACGACAAGAUCAAGGAGAAGCUGAUGGAUAUAAUCAAGAACAAGGUGACCGGACUGCCUCCUCCGCAGAAGCUGACGAGGAGCGAUUCGUCCGCGACGCAGCCGCCUCUCAUUCCGAAGAAACCCAUAAUGGAUAAACUCAUCUCGGAAAUACCGCGCGUGUCGAACGCCGGGGAACCGAAGACGAUGGCCGUAAAUGAAAGCAAAGAUGAUGACGGUGACAACGAUAACGAUGUGUCGAGAGAGGAUUUCAAGAAGAAGCUGAACAAUCUGUUCGGCACUGUUAACAGGACCGAAAGAUCGAAGGUGACGGCUUCUUCUUCUGACAGCCUCAGGAACAAGACGUUUCCGAGUCACCGUCGCGAUUCUGCCGAUCACCAGGAGAACCACAGGCAGUUGAUGAAGGGCGCCUUCAGCAGUAUUAUAUCUCGAGCGGCGGAAAAGCCCGAAGACGACGACGACGAUGACCGACCAAUCACAACCACCACCAACCCACCAAAUUAAUAUUAUUACUAAACGAGAGUCGAUUACGCUUCAACAACAACCUUUACAAUGUUAUUAUUAUUAUUUUUGUUGGAUGUUGUUAUUAUCUCAUACUAUUUUUUUUUUUAUUUUUUUUUAAAAACUAAUUUCUACUCAAAUCCUAAAAUGAUAUUAGUAAAAUGUAAAUUGUAAUCGCAGAACGUUAUUUCAGGUUUUUCCAUAUACGGACUGUACGGUCUUCCAAAUAGUUAUAGAGAUUAUGAGAGAUUAGAUUAAUGUUAAUUGAAAAAUAUCAUAACGUGUGCCGUGUGUG